UUAAAAAUUUACUGCCGGCGAGUAAGCAAAAAAUAAUUUUUAAAUCCCGAGAAAAAUGUUUUUUUGAAUAAGACUCGAGAAAAAAAAAAUAUUAUUCGGUAGGAAAAUGUGAAAAUUAAAUUUAGAAACUUUAUUUUCAAAUAUUGUGUGAAUAAAUUGUUUCAUUCUUUCACCUACACCUAAACUAUAGAGCAAACACUGCUUGACAUAGAACUUUCAUAUCCUUUCAUUCAUCAUAUUGUGCAUUGUUUUCAAGAAUAAGUGAAGGAAAACUAUCGAAAGAAAAAUCAUUAACGGUUCUCGCACGAAACAAUGUGUGUUAUUGCUGUGUGAAGUAGCUAGAUUCAUAAAAAUAAAAAAAUUUUUACAAAUUAAAUCAGAAAUAGAAGUGAAGAAGCAAUGGAGAUAAAAUUAAUUUCUAUGGUUUUAUUUUUAAUCUUUAUGAAAGCAUGUAGAACAUCAAAAAUAAAUAAGGUGUUAGUUCCUUCAUAUUAUUUGGAAGAUAGCAGUUCCGAAGAGUUGAUAUUAAAUUGCGAUUUUGAGAUAGGCGAGAAUGAAAUGGGAUUUGUUCUGAAAUGGCAUCAUAACUCUGUUCCUAUAUAUCAGUGGAUUCCACAAAAGAAGCCUUAUGCUUUGAAUCACUUUAAAGACCGAAUCAAUACUGAAUAUUCAUCAUCUGAUGAAAAAUAUAAGAAAUAUAGUGCCUUGGCUAUCAAGAAACCAUCAAUUACAGAUACAGGGAAUUACACAUGCGAUGUUCAAACUUUCCAAAGCUCAGACAAGAAAGGAUCACAAAUGAUUGUUAUUCAUCCACAAAAUUCAAUCAACUUAAAGUAUACUAUCGACGAAUCUGAGCAAAUUGUUAAUUUUGAGUGUUCUGUUUUUAAUAUUUAUCCAUUUCCAGAAGUGAAAUUUUUAUUUGACGACGAAGAGAAAAACCUUUCAACAGAUGUUGAUUAUAGGAAUGUAACGAGUCUUUAUAAUGUUACGAUCACAGCCCAAGUUAGCAAGAAUGAUAUUAGAGAUGAGUCACUAGUGACGUGUUUGAUGAAAAUAAACGAUACGGAUUAUGAAAGGAAGGAGAGCAUCAUCUAUGACGACCCCAAGCAAACGUCAACUAGUAAAAUAUCAAUUGAUGGAGAAAAUAUGCUUGCAUCUGAGUUGAGUAACGAAAAUCACGGAACAAUCUCCAAACCACAUCUCGGAGUUUCCAUCAUCAUUUUAAUAAACAUGGUUUAUGGUCAUCUCUUAUGA